UGGGCGUAUGGUAUUGACCAUGUUGGGCAGAAAAAAUGAAGAUCGCUUCAGCCAAGGGUGUUCCUAUGAGUGGGAACUUUUGGCUACGACGCUCAAGCUUCUGAUUGCACAGGAAUCAAUAGAUGAAGAAAAAGUGGAUUCAUUCAAUAUUCCUUUAUACAAUCCAUCUCCAUCAGAAGUGAUGUAUAUAGUUGAAAAGGAGAGAUCUUUCACCAUUGAUAUCUUGAAAACUUCAGAAAUUCAAAGGAAUUCUUGUGAUGACGAGAAAUACAAUAUGGCAAAAAGCUUUAGAUCUGUGGCUGAACCUUUACUUGUUAGCUAUUUUGGUCAUGAUGAAUUGAAUAUGGAUCAAGUUUUCCACAAGUAUAACCAAGUAAUUGCCAACGAUCGCAAGGCGAUGGAAAAAAUUAUGUUCGUAAAUGUCACUGUUUCGUUGACCAAAAUAAACUAGCUAGGGCAUGCAAUUCAUGCAUCAUCACAAACUCUGACCCUAGUUGUAUAUAUCCCGACCCCUUUAAUUUGUUAUUUUACAAUUAUUAAAUUUUAAUCGCUUGCGAUAUUAUAAUAAUAAUCUUAUGUCUCACAGAGAUUUAUGAUAAUGUAAUAUUUAUUUUCUAUUCCUUAAAAACAAUUAUUUUCAACCAGUAGAGUUUCUAUAUAUCUUCCAAGAAAGGAGAAUAUAGGGCGUCGUAUUGGUCGAUUCA